GCAGGUGGAGCUAGAUUAAGGGGUUAAGGGGUAAAUGGCACAUAUACCGUACCUAAAAUACCUCGUGUAAGUAGCAUACAGCCAUAUAAGUAAAGGUAGUGAGGAGUAUAAGCUAAGGGGGAGGAAUAUGAGUUAAAGGGGGGCAGGUGGAGCUAGAUUAAGGGGUAAAUGGAGCACAAGGUGGAUUAUCGACGCGGGGCCAUUAAUAUGCAAUACAUGGGACCGUCUCCACGCCCUUCUUUGUUCUUGCUGGACGUGGAAGGGAAGCCAAGACGGGGGAGGAGGAAGGAAGAAGGACACGGGAAAUAAAUCAUAAUGCCAUGUGUGUCCUGGAGCCAAUUUGCAUCCAUGUCCUGCAGUGGUCAUGGGCGCUGCAGGUCACAGGCCAGGCAGGUCACAGCAGGUCGUGAUGAACGGUGCAGGACAUUGUUGCAGCUGCAUUGAUGUGUGGAGGGAACGGAGGGAGGAAGGAGGGUCGACGCCAGCGGAAGGAAAGGGAGGGAAGCCGAGGGGGGAGGAAAGGAGGGAGAGAGAGAGAAGAGAGAAAGAGAGGGAGAGAGGGACGCGGUGAGAAAUAAAUGCGCAAUAAUUUCCUGGGCGGCGCAUGUAAUGUACGCUAUCACAUCAAUAAUUCCCGGCACCGGCACUAUGGGCAGGCUCAGGGAGACACGCCAAAACCCACAACUAACGCCAUGAAUUAAAGAACGAGCUUGCAACGAGGGUGACCGCUGGCAACCAUACUGGAGGAGUUCUCACGCUGAGGGAGAGAGAGAGAAAGAGAGAGAGAGAGAGAGGGAGAGAGAGAGAGAGAGAAGGAUGCCUCACUACACAAGAGUGGCGGCGGGAGAUAUUUAAAGUGUCUCCAUUUACACCCUGGGCCCGUGAAAGGUGUAAGGAAGGGAGGCAAACGGGAGAGAGAGGGAGAGCAAUGCCUCACUACACUGCCCUGACAGCGGCGGCACCAGCGGGAGGUGACCCCAAGAUGGGUUACCAGUCCCCGCCACUACUCGCCAACGGGGUCACCACCACCCUCAUGGAGUACCAGCCCAAGGAGAUGGCACAGAUGCAGGCAGAGCCAGUGUACUGCCACGAAGUAUUUGAUGGGCAUGGCACGGAAGACCAAGCCAGCUGCUCCCCAGGACAGUCAGGAGACUGCUCCCGCCAGGGCUCGGCUGGACCCUUCGACCGCCCACAGAAAACAUGCAAAGGUGAGGCUCCCUGGGACUCCGAGAUGACCCACUUCUUCAUCAAUGAGUACCGCAAUGUGAGUGGGAUGGUGACCAAGAAGCGUGAUGCCUUCCUGCACAUCUCAGACAAGAUGAACCAGAAGGGCUAUGAUGUUACGCCCUACACUGUGGAGAAGAAGUGGCACAACCUGAUCAAAGCGUACAAAAAUGUCCUCUACCGAGCCAUCCGCAAAGGAGAUGAGAAAAUCAGCUGGGAGUACUUUGAGGAGAUGGAUGACAUCAUCAAGAACAGCACCCCGUCACUGCCGGCCCCCGGGAACCUGAAACGCUUGGCCAUGUCCCGCAAGGUGAGCCCCAACCCUGUGGCCUCUCCUGCGUCGGGACCAGAGACCAUAUCAGUGACUCCAGACUUCCUUCCCAGUCCCCCCUCCCCUGAUGUCACCACCCCCAAGACUCUGCCUGCCUCCUCCCCCUCGAUGGCAGAGUGCCCCAGCACCAUCCCGUGCGCCCCCUACAGCUUCCCGGCCGGCCCCUCGUCCACAAGAUCUCCCCCUGGGCACCUGGCCACAAGCCCUAUCUCCUACGUAGUGAACCCCUCCCACCCGUCCCUCCCACCUUCAGAAGCUCAACACUCCACUAGUCACCUGCUGCCGCUGGACGCCACCUCCCAGUUCCACCCGCCACACUACACCACCCAGCACCACUUCCUGCCCCCCAUAGCCACCACCCCCACAGUGCACCCUCAGCCCCCUACCAUCCUCAACACCCCCACCGUCCCCCCGCCGCUGCCGCCCCCUGUCUCGGUGCCGCUGGAGCCUCAGAGUACAACGCCGCUGUCCAUGAGCUCUGAGAGCUACAUCACCUACACCCAGCCCGGGGAAACCUCCACACUGGCUCAGGUGAACGUCCCCACGGAGCUGCCGGCAGCAGCCCCACAAGGUACAAACAACACUAAGGAUGACGAGGCGCCGCCCAAGAAGAAGACUGCCAUCACACUCAGCAAGAGGAGGAAGUGGAGGCAGAGGAAAGCCAAGUUCUUUUACAGCCGAUUCCGCCGCCCUGACUGGGAGCUGCUGGUGGCUCAGAGAGACAUGAACAUGCAGCUCAAGACUCUCAACUCCAACAUCCGCACCAUGGGCCACUCCCUCAACGAGAACAUCCUGGGCCUCAAGCGUGCGGUGGAGCGCAUGGUGUCCAUCAUGCUGCAGAACAAGGCCGCCUCAAGCUGAAUCUCCGUUUGAUGUUGUUAUUUCUCCUUUGGUUCCAUAGAUGUUAAGCUCACAAUGUUGUGUAUAUGGAUGUGUCCAGCCUGCCAUUACUUGACUUACUUGACUCUUGUUCAUCCCCGAGGCAGGAAAGGUCGGUCAGCACUCAAAAGUUGCGGUAAAGUCACUGUGGACUUCACCUGGAUGGCCACAGAUGCCGAUGCUGAACUCCUUGGCAAAAUCAGAUUGUACUUGAUUAUAUUUGAUGGUUGUAGGUAAAGUGUAGUCACCAACUAGUCUUUCAUGUUUAACAGACAAAGACAGACAGACAGACAGAAAUAGUACAAUUUAGCUUUCACAUCUUCCCAAAUGUAAGCUAUCUUUCAUGUCCACCUUUUCCCUGCCACUUUGUCUCCUCGGCAAAGUGCUGCCGAGAAGACGGUUUGUGCUUCUGGUUACUAACUUUUAUCUUCCGUGUCACUUGAGGAUUCUGUGAAUUGUCUCUUCCUCUAUCUGAAUAUGCAGUGAUAUGGUGUGGCCAAAGGAAAGCAAUUGUGAUUCACUAGGAAGUAUGAGUAAUGUUUUCAGUGGGAAGCAUGUGUUUAUUCCUUCCUGAUCAAGAAAAGUUUGUGACUGCAAACUUUAUAUUCCCAUGGGAAUUCUGUGGCUCAGUAUUAGACAGGUCUAACUAAAUCUGUUUCAAAGCUGGAGUUGAAGUAUCACAAUCAUUAAAUUGUACCAGGAAGUCACAAAAGAUACUGUGUAGCUGAUCUCAAGUUUUCCAUUAUGAAACUACUGACAAUUCACUGUUCUUAGAGAGUUCAGUGAAGUUGCUGCAAGAUCUCAAAGAAGUCAAAUCAUUCAAAAAAAGACAUUUAUAUGCAGAAGAAUCUUCCCGCCACAGCACAGUGACAAUCUGUACAACGAGGGUGGUGCUCAUCAAGAAUAUUCAACACCAGCCAAAUUUGCUUCUCAUGACAACACCGCAGAAGCUUAGGCUCACUCCAGACCCAGUGCAUCUUCCUUCACUGUCGGGUGAACCGCUGUGCAGGGAGGAAGGAAACGCUCCCAUCUGUCCCGUCCAAUCCGGGAAAUAAAUCCUGGUGCUUUCACUAGGUUAUUGGAUCCCUGAGGCUGAGGUGACUUUCUGUGGUGGUGAUGGAGGUAGUGUAGAGAACGUGACCUGAUGCUGGUUGGUGUGUGUGUGUGUGUGUGUGUGUGUGUGUGUGUGCAGGUGUGUGUGUGUGUGAUGCAGCGACUGGGAGGAACUGAAGUGCUACAGUGAAGUGCUCUCACCAAGUGAGAGUAGAAGUGUAAUCUCUAUCAAGACGAAGAUGAUCUUUUCUUGAUGUUGUUUUCCGCCCGGCAAAGUGUGUUGCUUCGUUGCUUCUUUUCAGUCCAGUAUUAGAGAGCUUUGCCACCAGCAAGAGACUGUGAUAGCAGCAAAUGGGAAACUGCUGCCUAAUGUUCUAGAGGUGUGGAAGGAAUUUUCUGUUCUGGGAACCCACAUUUUGAAACUUUGGUGCUGAACCUGAUACAUACUAGUGUUAAUACUCAUCAUACAAGAUACGGAAACAGUCCAGUUGCCCGCCCACGACAGAGAUGCAGUGAUGUGGUGUGAAGUACACUCCACUCAUCAGACUAGAACACUCCUCCACAUACUACAAGUCCACACGACAGGCAUCCUCUUUCCUACCAGUUUGUUCACAGUCGUAGGACAGAGAUGUACGUAUUCAGUUCCUUUAAUCCAGAGGGUUUCAGAUUCUUGGUAUAGUGUCUGUGUAUUUGGAAAACCUUCCUGUAUAGUGUUGAGGUGCCAUAGACUCCGUGUUACUGUAGUUUAGCCAUUUUUCACUUUUGAGACGCAAGACUUGUACGAUACGCAGCCCCGAGAUGCACUGGGGCACUGCACUGUUUAAACGUUCCGUAGCACAGAAUUUUUUGGAUCCGAUGUGGUGCUGUGUGACGUUGGUUGCGCGUUGUACGGAAAAUCAAAUCACUGUUAUGUAAUAAUUCUCUACACAUCCCCCUCCGAGAAAGUUAAGUGUUCUGGUGUAGUGUUGCCACCCCCUCCCAUCCCCGUCCCCCUGCCAGCCCAAGUUACUGUCACCCAAGAGUUACGGCGCAGGUUCCCCGAGAGAUAUCGAGUAUUUAGUGUGUAGUGUUUGAGUUGUGUGUUGCCAUUGCAAGGGUUCGUGGAGAUGUCAAGGCCCACGCAAAGCAAGUCACUCAGUACUAAGUGUGUUUUGUGCUGUGGUGUCAGCUGUGUCAUUCUGUUGCUGGUUAAUGACAAAGAGAAAACCUCCAUAGUUCCUUAUUCUGGUAUCCUUAAAGUAAGAAUGGGUUCCUGAAGCAUUCCUUUGUCAUUAACAGCCAAAUAAAAUGACACUGAUGAUACUUUGAUGAGGAGCCCUCAGUAAGAAAACUAUCUGUACCUUUUUAGUGGGUGACAAUACUAUAAAGCACACACAGAGGCAGCUGACACCUUUGUAUUAUAAGGGAGGUGUGGUAGCUGAAUUAACAAAGUAGUGUGAGGUCGUUCAUUGUUAAAAGCUCGUAUGGUGGAUUAACAUAGCGUGUGGUUAUUCAUCUUUAAAACUGUUCAUAAAUGCUACUUUAUGUGUACAGAAUAGAUCUGGUAAUUUCCAAACUCACCACACUCUUGGGUACAGGUAAUUUUGGUGCCGUGGGUUCCGUACAUGAAUGUUGGUGAUCCUUUGAACUUUUUUUUUUCCGUUUUUAUGUGUGUGAUGUCAGCGUUUUUUAGCAGAUGGUAUUUAUUUAUAAUUUUUUAUUCUCACUCUCUCCUGUGUGUUAGGAUUACGCCUAGAGCAAUAAAAAGACGAAUCCUGGAGAGGAGAGGUUAUGUUAGGGCAUUAGUCGCUCUCGCCACGAUAGAAGACAACCGUUUGACUGUUUCUUACAACUACGUACUCGCAGCUUCUACUUCCUUUUUUACGUUGAUAGUUUUAAACUGCUUUAUGGUUUUACUGAUGGCUAGUGAUGACAAACAAAUGAACGAUAUUUUCCGUUGAGAAUGGUUAUAGAUAUUUUCCCGAUCUUUGUUGUUACAUACGUGGACACUGCUCAUCGCUGCAGCCUGUGCAAAACAAAAAAUGCAUAAAAAGACAGGAAAAAACAAAAAACAAAAAAAAAGCUUAUCCCUUGUCACUUGCUUGAGUUGCCGGUGGAAACGUUUUGCUUCUGGUCUUCACCGAGGAACGGCAUAUUUUUUAUUAUGCAAAAAAAGUUAUAAAAGCUUUAAUUAUGAAUAACGGUGUAACAUGUGAGAAGGAUGUCAUUCUGGACUUGUAUUUUUUUGUAUAAUAGGAGGAAAAUUA